UGUGGUUGUCUGACAGUGAGAAUUUAUUUCUCACACCAAAUUGUUGAGGCCCCCGGGCGCCCCCUGGCGGCCCUCACUUUGAAAACCACUGCGCUAGCUUUUUUUAAGAAUUCUCCUGCUCAUUCUCAUUGGUCCUUUCCACCAGAAGUGAACAACCAAUCAGAUCGCGUUUCUGAAUUGCGUAGCCCAUAGGACCUAGUUGAACGCAUGUCUUUGAUGACCAGUCCUCAAUCCUACGUAUUUCGUAGUAGCCCGCGUAAAGAAAGUUCGAGAAUAUUUACCACGUGACCUUUUGCAACGUCUACAACUCCGAGGGCCGACCAGACACAAAGUGAAUUAGUUUUGACGAGUGUGGAGAAGCUUAUGAAAAUAUUUCACGAUGAAAGUCGAGGUGUCCACAGCUGUGAACUUUAUUACCACGUUACUGAGAAGAACAGGACUUCUGUCUGAAGAACAACUCCAACACUUCAGCCAUUCUCUGGAAAAGGCUUUAGGAGAGCAUUAUGAGGACCACUGGUUUCCUGACGCACCGUUUAGAGGUUCGGGAUAUCGCUGUAUCCGGAUCAAUCACAAGAUGGACCCGCUAGUAGGGAAGGCCGCUUACACCAUCGGCCUCAGCAGGAAGCAGCUUUUAUCCCUCUUACCCUGCCAGCUUACGAUGUGGGUCGACCCCUACGAAGUGUCCUAUCGUAUAGGGGAGGACGGGUCCAUUGGUGUACUGUAUGUGUCCACACCACCCCUGGAGACUCAUCUGAACUCUGUGGACAGCUGCAAAGACAAACUGAGACUGGGUCACUCGAGGACUGUGAUUUCCAGCUAAUGACUCUUUUGUUUUAUACUUUUCUUUUUUUUUUUAAUGAUUUUUGUAAAUUGGAUAUAUUUGGAUUCAAUAAUGAUUUUAAUGCCUUUAUAAUUUUGUAAUUUUUUUAUACAUUUCAAUUAAAGAUGAUGCUUCAGUUUUUUUUCAUAGUGUUACAUACUAUGCAAAUGAAAUAUAAAAUAUACUACAUAUACAGUAAGUACACACUUUAGGUGUAACUGUAGCCCAUUCGUUGCUAUACACAAUUUCUAACCCCUCUUUACCACAUUCAUCAGUGGGAACGGUCCAUCAUAGGACCACAGUGAGCCAUGAGAGAACAUGGUAUCUUUGGUUUGAACCCACCCAUUGUUCAAGUGAUCAAAAAUAUCCUGACAGGUGAUUGACAGGUGUGUCUUGUUGCCCAGGUGUGCCCUGUUAGAUUGAUUCUUUAAACAAUUAAUAACUCUGAAUGUCUACUCUUAGUUCGAGACCUCGGUUUCAGCUGUGAAGACUGUAUUUGUUGUUUAAAAAGGAUAAACCGACAUGAAGACAUUUAAACACCGACUCCUAUUUUCAUUGUCAUCACAAUUCUUUGCUUCCUUAAAUUAAUUAAACAUAACUGACUGUGAUAAGCCUUAGUAAGCUUGACUGUGGUGUAAAACCUCAGGUUCCCCAGUUGUGUGUUUUGUUACUGGUUUGAAAUAGUCAGUUAUUCAUUUAUUCAGAGUGUAACCGUGUUUGUAUUAAUUAUAUGAAAAUUCAUAUUACUAAACAGCAGUGUUAUUUUGACUCAAAGAUGUACAUAAUUGCGGAUAAUAAUGUAUUUUCUCAAUAUUUAAUAAACAUGCAGUACAGUAAAAAUAGUUUAUUCCUAAUUAGUUGAGAAAUUAUGAAAAAUAAUCUUCGUUUCAAAGUACCGUGAUUAAUAUUUAAUGCAUUAUUUUAUAACAUUCACACGCCCUAAUUCAGCCGAGCAUUCUGAUUGGUUCUUCCCUUUUAAUGAAAUGAGAGUGACCAGGAUACGCUAGCUCAGGGGUUCCCAAACCUUUCCAGGGCAAGGCCCCCCAAAUGGCAUUAACAUUUAACUGAGGCCCCCCUUUUGCAAGAUGUCUUUAAAACACAUUAAAAGUACAGACUUUAUAUACUUUAUAUACUAUAUACUUAUAGUACUUUUAUAAGUACUGAAUCUAUCCCCCUUUUUUUUUUAUAAUUACAUCUUUACAUUACAUUAGGAAUUGAUUGUGUGUGUGUGUGUGUGUGUGUGUGUGUGUGUGGUUGUCUGAGAGUGAGAAUUUAUUUUUCACACCAAAUUGUUGAGGCCCCCACUUGCGCCCCCUGGCGGCCCCCACUUUGAAAACCACUGGUCUAACAAUUGCAAAGAUGGUUGCUUGGACCGUUUUUAAUUUCCCUCUUUAUUUGAGUGAUUAACUCUAUGUAUUGGCAUUGCAAAAGCAACAUUUUUAAAAUGUUAUUUUAUUUAAAUUUUAUAAAAAGUUUUACAGAAACAUCAAUAUCUUGGCUCAGGAUGGGCCAUAUAACUGCUUGGAACAAAAACUGAUCUCUAGAGAACAUAUAUAAACAUUUUGCACAUUCUUGCUCCUCAGACUUAAAACUUAAGUCCAAAUGUAAUGCUCAGGAUUGCUCACAGUUCCACCUUUAGGGCCAAUUUAUAAUGGGAAGGGUUCAAGUCUUACUCUUUUUAGGGGGUGCCCAGGUAUUGCAUAUAGUGUGCAUGCAGAACAUUUCAGGUUUGAGACUUAUUUUUUGUAUUCAUUUUUUUUUUUUUUAAUUCCCCUCAGUUUCUGGUUGAAUAUCUCUGGUGAGAGACCAGAUACGAACCUGAAAUUUUCACAGAAAUAAUUCCUCUAUAGUAGCAUUCUGCUGGAAAAAAUUUAGCUUGAGAUUCCACUGGUUACAGAGUUAGGGCUAGUAGAAAUCUGGAGAAAAGCCUACUUUAUUCAUGCAUUUUGAGAAAUGAACAGAUGUAAUAUAAGCAUAACAAAUCAUUCAAAUGAUCAGUAUUUUACAGUAAUUAUGUUUGAGUGUUUAUGAUAUAAUAGCUUAUCCUUGUCAAUGAGGUCUAAAAUAUUACUACAUUUGAUAUUGUGACAACAGUGAAGCAUGAUCGAUCACAGGGUUCUCCAACUCUGCAGAGUUUAGCUCCAACCUCCAAACUCACCUGCCUGUAGCUUUCUAGUAAUCCUGAAGACCUUGGUUAGCUUGUUCAGGUGUGUUUGAUUAGGAUGGACGGAGGUAAACUCUGCAGGACAGUGGACCUUGAGGGUUCAGAUUUGA